AUGCUUGAGUCGGCUCUGAAGGCUCAGGAUACACUACACCCUCCCCGAUCUACCCCCAACAGCAGCAGCAGCAGCAGCAGCAGCAGCAGCAGCAGCAGUUGCUGCGGUCGUUCGUUCUCUCUGGCCGCAUCUCCUCCCGCGCAGUGCGCGGCUGCGUCUUCAUCAGGCGCUUUCGUCGGCGGUGGUUUAUGCCAAAUGCCCCCAGAGGCUCAGAGCAGGGACCCGGGGGCCCCCGGGGCCCCAGGGGCCCCCGGGGCCGCAGGGGCCCCCGGGGCCCCAGGGGCCCCCCUCGGGGCCCCUGAGUGUUCAGGCGAUGUAUCUGUAUCUAGCCCGUGUGGAGGGGGAGAUGCUGGUGCGCUUAAGGUUGCAGGGUUGGAUGAGCAGCAGCUGCUGCAGCUGCUGCAGGAAUGGCGGGAGCAGGAGGAAGCAGAGAAAGCUGCGGUGUACAGACAGCUGAGGACCCUAGAGGCCCGGGUGUCUGCCCAGGAGGCCCUCAUCGCCGAGCUGCUGGGGGCCCUAAAGAGAGAGUUCCCGCAGAGCUCCCGGUGGGUGCCAGUGGAGGCCCUGGCGCAUGCGGCGAAGCUUCAUUCCCCCCACAAGCACCAGCAGCAGCAGCAGCAGCAACAGCAGCAGCAGGAUCCGGGUACAGCGGAGACGAGCAGUGGGGGGGGGGCGGGGGCUGCGCAGCAGCAGCAGCAGCAGCAGCAAGAGGAAGAAGAAGAAGUAAUGGAUAUGCUGAGAGGCUCUGCAGGCCAGUGGACCGGUCGGCUGUACCGGUGGUCUCUGCGUGUUGAUGGUCUCCCCCUACCGGAGCUGAACUGUCUGCUGUCUCCUGCUGCUGCUGCUGCUGCUGCUGCUGCUGCUGCUGCUGCUGCUGCUGAUGGCAGCGGCAGCCGAAGCCCCUUAUCUGAAAGCGGAGAAGCAGCAGCAGCAGGAUCCGGGUGUACAGACAGCGGAGACGAGCAGUGGGGGGGGGGCGGGGGCUGCGGGCUGUCUAUACAGCUGGAGAGUGCGGGGGGUCUGCUGCUGAGCGGCGGCGCGCUGCGGGCUGCUGAGGCGUUUCGUUUGUUUCUUUCGCAUGCAACAGUCUGCCAGGAAGCAUGGAUAAAUACUUUUGCUUCUUUCUCUCUCACUGCAGCACCAGUGCAUGCACUGGCCAGCAGCAGCACGCUGCAGCUGCGGCUGCUUGAGGAUGCUGUUGCUCUGCCCGCGUCGGAGCUGCUGCUGCUUGUUGCUGAGUGGAUACAAACACCUACACCUACUGCUGCUGCUGCUGCUCCUGCUGCUGCUGCUGCUGCUGCUGAGGAUGGGGAUGAGGAUGGUAGUGAAGAUGCAGCAGCAGCAGCAGCAGCAGCAGCAAGCAGCAAGACACACCUGCGGGUGCUGUGUCUGCUGGAGCGAGCUGCUGCUGCUGCUAACGGGCUGCCGCUGCGGCGGCUGAAGCGGGGAGCUGAUCUAUCUUCCUUUGCCUUUGAGCCCUUCUCUGUCUGCGUGCGGCGGCGCAGCAGCAGCAGGGGCAGAAGCAGCAGCCGCAGCAGCAGCCGCAGCAGCAGCAGCAGCAGCAGCAGCAGCCCAUCCAGCAACUCCAGCAGCAGCGAUACAGAGACUGAAAAAGAACACAAACACAACAAAAAGCUCACCGUACCCAUCUGCUGCAUCCACGGGCUACGCCUGAUCAGAGGAGACACAGCGCCAGAAAGCAACAGCAGCAACAGCAGCAGCAACAGCAGCAGCAACAGCAGCAACAGCAGCAGCAGCAGCAGCAGCCAUGUCGGUGACGGGAGAGACUCCUGCAAGAGACAGAGGCGGUCGCCCAUGGACACACAACCAGAAGCAGAGAGUGGAGGUAGAGCAAUAGCAGCAGCAGCAGCAGCAGCAGAAGCAGCAGCAGCAGCGGCAGAACAGGAACCAGCAGCAGCAACAGCAGCAGCGUCAGCAGCAGACAGCGACCCCCCGGCAGCAGACGACGGCAAGCACAAACGAGAAGGGCCAGCGGAAAGUAGCGAGGCGACAGAGCGAGCCUACAAAACACAAGACGGGCAGCAGCAGCAGCAGCAACAGCAGCAGCAGCAGCAGCAGCAGCAGCAGCAGAACAGGCAGCAGCAGCAAGACGGGGAGCCGGGAGGGGCGCAGAGCCCAGUGGACACAUCACAGACAAGUUCCAGCAGGAACAACAACACCAACAGCAGCAGCAACAGCAGCAGCAGCAGCAGCAGCAACAGCAGCAGCAACAGCGGCAGCAGCAGCAAGCGUUGCCGGGUUGUGGUGUCUUCUUCCCCCGUCGGCAUUUCUGUUCGCAGCAGCUCCGCCAGUUUGCUUCGGCCUAGGGACGGAGUGGAGCCCAGUGCUGCUGCAGGCACUGCAGCAGCAGCAGCAGCUGCUGCUGCAGCAGGAGCAGCUGCAGCAGCAGCGGGAGAUUCCAAAGGGCAGCAAAAGGAGACAGAAAAGGAGACAGAUAGAGCUGCUGCAGGUGCCGCGAGCAGCAGCAGCAGCAGCAGCAGCAGAGGCAGCGAUGCAACCGAACAGAGACGGCUGCGCAGCACCCCAGUGAAGUCUGAAGCCUCAGCACUGCUAGCAGCAACAGCAGCAGCAGCAGCAGCAGCAGCGCCAACAGGCGCAGCAGCAGCAUCUACAGCAGCAGCAGCAGGAGCAGCAGCAGGCGAGGGGGGCCAGCGGCCGGGGGGCAGUAUCUCUGUGUCUGUGCGUUGCUCUGCGCUGUCUAUGCAGCAGGAGCUGCAGCAGCAGCAGCAGCAGCAGCAGCAGCAGCUGCUGCCGCGCAUGCAUGCCACAGACAGAAACAGAGACAGACACAAAAAGACAAAGACAAAGACAGAGACAGAGAGAAAAGGAGACAGAGAAAGAGGUAGAGACAAGGAGGAGACAGAUACAGAGACAGAGAGGGGCAGGCGAUGA